CGCAGUGUAUAGUCAGUACCGACGCCGUUAUCCACGGAUAUUGUCCAUAAAUUUAUCUGUGCCGAUCUGCGCCAACCGUUUACGUCGCUUGUGAUGAUCUCCUUCAGUAGUUGGCUGGAGAUCGUACCGGUGGCCGCUAUUGCGUCGGUGCUGCUGGCGUACGCGUACUGCACGCGCCACUACGGGCACUGGACGGCGCUGGGCGUGCCACACACCAAACCGACACCGUUGCUGGGCCACUUCGCCGGGCCCACGACGGGCCGCGAGUCGGCCACCAUCACAGUGGACACGCUCUACCGGCGGUUCACCAGCCAUCGGUACUUUGGGCUGUACCAGCUCCGGCACCCCAUGCUUGUGGUGCGUGACCCCGAACUGGUACACGCGGUGCUGGCCACAGAGUUCGGGUCGUUCCACGAUCGGUUGAUGAGCCGAACGUCGUUCGAACACGACGGGCUGUUCAACAGUCUGGUGAACCUGAGGGGCGACAGGUGGAAAGCGGUCCGGGCUAAGUUGAGCCCCACGUUUACCGUGGCCAAGCUCAAAGCCAUGUUCGCCAGUCUGCACGUGUGCACCGGCCAACUCGUCGACAAACUGUUGCUAUUGACGUCCGGUGGCCAAGGUAUUGUUAAUGUCACCGAUAUAUCAUCAAAAUUUACAAUCGAUACAAUUGGAAGGUGUGCUUUUGGGAUAAAUUGCAAUACUCUUUUUGACUCAAACACAGAAUUUCAACGAGCUGGACAAGCGGUCUUUACACCCACACUGAAAUCAUCUGUAUUAAACUUCAUGAGGUUAAUUGAUCUAGGAUGGCUUGUGGACUUGUUCCGAUUACGUAGUAUGCCCGAUUUAGUCUAUGAAUUUUAUUUAAACUUAUUUCAAGAUACAAUGGAGUUACGUAAAAGCGAGAAAGAAGAUCGCAAUGAUUUCAUUUCGAUUUUAACCAAAUUGAGGAACGAUGAAAAAAAAAACAACAGUCGAAUUGAAUUAUUUACUGAUGAUGUCUUAGCUUCAAAUGCAUUUAUAUUUUUCGCGGCUGGCUUUGAAACCACUGCAUCUGCUAUGAGCUAUUGUCUUUAUGAGUUAGCUUUGAAUCAAGACAUUCAAGUCGAAUUGCGCAAACAAAUCAAGCACACGCUAAAUGAAAACGAAGGGAUUCUCACUUACGAUGUGGUGAAAGAUAUGAAAUAUUUGGAUAUGGUGUUAAAUGAAACGUUGAGAAUACAUCCACCUGGACCUGCUCUACUGCGAGUAUGUACUAAAAAAUUUAAAAUACCAGACAGUGACAUAACUUUGGACAUCGGUACGAAAGUUUUGAUACCCACAUAUUCACUACAACACGAUCCCGUAUAUUAUCCAAAUCCAGAAGUAUUUGAUCCUCUGCGGUUCACCGAGGAUAAUAAAGCUUCGAGACCAAAUGGAACAUUCCUGCCAUUUGGCGAUGGACCUAGGAUUUGUAUCGGUUUACGUUUCGCAAUGAUGGAAGCCAAAACAGGACUAGCAGAAAUAAUAUCAAAAUUCGAAGUAUUUCCGUGUAAAGAUACAAAAAUUCCUAUUAAAUUAAAUCCAAGAUCUAUUCUACUGACACCAAAUGAACCAAUAUGUUUAUUGUUUAAACAAAUUAAGUGAUUUUUUUAUUAAAAAUAACAAUUAGUUUUUAAACUAAUUAAAACUAUUAUAAAUUUAAAAUAAUAUAUUAAAAAUAAUAUUAAAGUACUUAAGUACCAUA